AUGGAGCAGGUGCAGGACACGUCACCUCCACGUCCCUCUGCUUGUGUUGCAGGUCCACCCCAGCCAACAACACCCAGCCCUGAAGUGAAGAACCACACCUCAGAGCCGGCACUAAAACCAACCCCACCCCCUGGCCCCAGUGUCACCUCCGUGGGUCAAGCUGCUGCAGCCAAACCCUCCACCACCACCAGCAGCACUCCAACCAAGCUGCCAGCCUCCACUGUGAGAGAUGAUGACUCUAGUGGAAACAGAAGCACAGCAGCCACUUCUCCCCCACCUCAAGAUCAAGAGCCCACGAGAAGGGAGAGAACCACGACACCAGUGACUCAGGGUGUUUCCUCCUCCCAGAGAGGCACCUCAGAGCCUGUCACCCUCACACUGAACUCCUCUGAGCCCACCCCAACAGAUGAUGAAUCACCACUGACAGUGGCAGCUUUCGGUGUCAUCAGCUUCAUCGUUAUCCUGGUAGUGGUGGUGAUCGUCCUGGUCGGUGUGGUCAGCCUGAGGUUCAAGUGUAACCGCUCCAAGGAGGAAGACAAACAGAAACCAGGAAGCUCCAUGGUGUCAGAGAGCUGCUCAGCAGACAUGAGCCAGAAGGACAACAGCAUCACUCUGAUCUCCAUGAAGAACAUCAACAUGAACAACAGCAUGACUUACCCCCCAUCAGAAAAGGUGCUAUGAAGAGCCCAGAGAAUGAAGCUGACACAUGACAACCAGCCGUGACUUUCUAGGUUGUUUUUCUUGUUUUUUCCUUUGUGGAAAGAGCGAGGGUGGACUUUAGAUAUAAAUUAUUAUGUCCUUUCUGAUCAAUACAUUUUCUGUAGUGUCCUACAUAGCUUCUCCAGCUGGGGCCUAAGGGCUUUCUCCAGUUACAGCCUGCCACGCUCAGUGGUUGAUAUCUAGCUCUGUUUUUGAGAUGCCUUCAAACACUCUGAAUAAAUGCAGCAGCAAGAAGCACCAAGGCACCACCUACUUCGCUGAUGGCCUUUCCAGUCCAUGCCAGGCAGUCAGGGGCUCGUUAAGCAGCGUAGCCCCAUGUCAUGUCAAACCUGUGUGUUUAGGAAAGCCUGUUCUGAAGGCCUGAGGAGACUUAAAUGGCCAAGUUCUAGGUCAAACGCCAGGAUGAUACUCCAAGCCCCUUAUCCCUGGUGCCCUCAUUGUCCCCACAGUGGUGGGGAUGAUCACACUCACCUACCUCACAGGGUUGUUGUGAGGCUGUGUUAAUCCCUGUCUGUACAGCAUUCGGAGAGCCGGGAACUAAAGGUGCUGCUGAAAUACAAUUGGCUGUCUUAAGGACUUUAUUAUUAAUACCUGAGCUUCAGGCAAGCAGAUCACUAU